UCAGCUUCACUUAUUGCUGUGGGUGUGCCUUGGAUGCAUUGCGUAAAAUGACUGACGUGCCCCAGGACUAAUGGCGUCGCGAACUGAAGCUGAAAUCCGGUCACUUACCAAUAGGCUUGAAGCAAAGGGUGGGUGGUAUUUUCGGUCCGUAGCCUGAUUGAAUCAGUCCAGUUUAUGAGUUCGAGAUACGGAGCAUCAGUAGGAACAACAAAGGAUGUGUGGAUGCAGGUUUCACGUCUCGCCCUGUAACGUUUGAAGUACGGAAUGGUUCGCGUUUUUAAUUCGGAGCCAAACGGUCCUUCGUUGGAGCUGGAGAGCUUAUCACCGUUACACUGUAAAGCCAGUGCGGGAGCGGUAGCUUCAUCUUAUGAGGAGCUGCAUCAGUUUCAGGCUGCGCCGAAAUGCCCAUGAUGAACAGCGGUGAGGAGGGCGUCAGUUCUUGCAAUUGUGAGCUGAUGUUAUGAUAUAAAACGGCAGUCCUAAUUGGACCUAUGGGAUAUUGGAUAUACCUUAUGAGAACUUCUGUUUUAAGUGAGCGGGAGCCUUGCGCAGUGCAGUGAAGGCUUGUCAACGCUAUCGUGUUUUGGUUUUGCAAAUGGAAUGGAAUGCGAAUUGCAGUAUUACCUAAUCAUUUGUUAUAAGAUCUCGCAUAGAUAGUUACCACUCCGUUAAGGACAUCACCUAAUUACCUUACACUGUUUUCAUUUUUAGUCCAUGUGAGAGGUUUAUUUCAUGAGUGGUGUACACCACUCUCUUGGGGUAUAGCUAGAUGAGAGGCAAACAGUAUCAGCAACUUAAGUUUACAACGCCUUGGGAGAAGGAUGGUGGCAAUGGGAGAAAGCUCAAAACAUAUAGCAACCACACCAAAAUAAUAGCUCAACCAGGAAUCGUGAUGAAAGUGCUUCGGAGAAAGAGGAUAGUCCUCUUCAUAGCCUAUUUCCUGCUGCUGGUGCUAACCAUGCUGAACUUGGCAAACUACAAAUGGACUAAAGAGCCUCAGCAGUGCAGUCACCAGAUGAGGAGCACCCCUUACCAGGGCCGGUCGGACAUCCGGUUCCUUUACAGACCUCCGCUGGCCAAAAAGAGGCAGCUGGUUUACGUGUUGACCACCUGGAGGUCAGGUUCGUCCUUCUUUGGGGAGCUGUUCAACCAGAAUCCGGAGGUGUUCUUCCUCUACGAGCCCAUGUGGCACAUAUGGCAGAAGCUGUACCCCGGGGACGCGGUCUCUCUUCAGGGGGCGGCGCGGGACAUGCUCAGCUCACUGUACCGCUGCGACCUGUCGGUCUUCCAGCUGUACAACAGCCCCGGGGGGAAGAACUUCACCUCGCUGGGCCUGUUCGGCGCCACGCUCAACAAGGUGAUGUGCUCCUACCCGCUCUGCUCGGCCUACCGCAAGGAGGCGGUGGGCAUGGUGGACGACAAGGUGUGCAAGAAGUGCCCGCCGCAGAGCCUGCGCAUGCUGGAGGAGGAGUGCCUGAAGUACAGCACCAUCGUUAUCAAGGGCGUGCGUAUCCUGGACGUCAACGUGCUGGCCCCGCUCAUGGAGGACCCGUCUCUGGACCUGAAGGUGAUCCACCUGGUCAGGGACCCGCGGGCGGUGGCCAACUCCCGGAUCAAGUCCAGGCACGGGCUGAUCCGCGAGAACUUGCAGGUGGUGCGGAGCAGGGACCCCAAGCUGCGGCGCGUUCCCUUCGUGGACCCCGGCCACAAGGCCAACAAAAAGGACGGCUCUGACUACCACUCCAUCGGAGCCAUGGAGGUGAUCUGCGACCGCACCUCCAGGACUCUGAGGAGCGCCCUGACGCCCCCCGGCUGGCUCAAAGGGAAGUACAUGGUCGUGCGCUACGAGGACCUGGUGGAGAACCCCGUCAAAACCAUCCAGAAUGUUUACCGCUUUGCCAAUCUCACUGCCAACCACGACAUUGAGUCCUUCGCCCUCAACAUGACCAGCGGCACGAGCUCCUCAUCCAAGCCCUUCAUCGUGUCCUCCAGGAACGCCACCCAAGCAGCGAGCGCAUGGAGAACAGUGCUGAGCAUUCAGCAGAUCAAACAAGUUGAAGACUACUGCCACCACUCCAUGGCCGUCCUCGGAUAUGAGCGGGUGCGGACGGCCGGGGAGGCCAAGGACAUGAGUAAAUCCUUACUAACUGCCUCAAAACUGUGACGGACGAAAAAAAGACCUCACCAAAGACUCUGGUUUUCCAGCAGUGAAUUUGAACAGAGUGCCGACAACAUGUGGAAUCCAAGCUUUAUUUAAGGUGUUUCAAAUGAGGAUCGUGACUCAUUCUACUGGAAUGUAUGUUCCUGUUUUAGAAUUGUUAUGUUCAGUGAGAAAACUGAUUUUUUUUUUAAGUGGACAAGUGGAUGUGUGUAACAAAGACAGGCCUACAAACUGACUUUUCUGAACCAGUAAUCUGACAGUGAUUACACAACUUACUUCAGUGGAUGUCCUCAAAGUGUUAUGAAUGUUCACAUUUCUAAAAAUUUCUGCAUUUUUUUUUUUUCAAAUCCAUAUUCCCUGUAAAUGUGACAAUUGUGGAUACAAAAAAAGAGCAACCAAGCAAAACGAAUUACAGGCAAACUGCAAACUAGAAAAAAUCUAAUGCAGUUAAUGACAAAAAAGCUCUGUGGUAGAGCUGAUCGGUGUUUAUUUGUCAGUACUGGGAGACAAUCAUUAAAGUGGUCUGUUAUAUUUUU